AUGCCGAGCAUAAGGAAGAUCAUCCGGGCCAUCUUCGUCCUGGGCCCCGUCGUGUCCAACGCCGCACCCAUUUUCGGCUGGGGUCUCCUGGCCCGCACCGACGAGGAAAGCAGCUAUCCCGCACCCGCAGAAGACCCUGCCGCCGCCGCUGCCACUCCAGGCGUUGCUUCUACGCCCGCUGCCAUGGCGACGCCUGCUGCUGAGUAUUCUGUUGCUGCUGCUGCCGCCGCCGCCGAAACACCUGCGGCGGUCGAGACUCCCGCGGCCGAGACUCCCGCGGCUGAUGCUGCUGCUGCUGCUGCUGCUGCUGAGGCUUCGGCCACUGAGGCGGCCGCAGCAGCAGCAGAGACGACCGCCGCCGCCGCUGGCGCCCUCUCCGACAUCGACAUCCUGCAAUUCGCCCUGACCGCCGAGCACCUGGAAUCCGAGUUCUACAAGCAGGGCUUCGCCAAGUUCCCCGCAUCCGACUUCACGGACCUGGGCCUCACCGAGGACGACGUGACGGCGCUGCAGCAGAUCGGCAGCACCGAGGCCACGCACGUGUCGACGCUGCUCUCGACCAUCGCCAGCGGCGGCACCCAGCCCGUCGCCCCGUGCGAGUACGAGUUCGGCCUCACCGACGCCUCGACGAUGCUCAAGACGGCCCGCAUCCUCGAGGCCGUCGGCGUGUCCGCCUACCUCGGCGCCGCCCCGCUCAUCAGCGACCCCGCCAUCCUCAGCGCCGCCGCCUCCAUCGUCACCGUCGAGGGCCGCCACCAGACCCUGAUCCGCAAGGCCGCCGGCGCCGAGCCCGUCCCGUCCGCGUUCGAUACCGCCCUCGGCCCGAGGGCCGUCUUUACGCUCGCGUCGCAGUUCAUCAAGAGCUGCCCGGACGGUUCCAACCUCAACGUCCAGGCGUUCCCGUCGAUCGACCUGGGCGGUGCGACCAGCGCCAUGGCGGGCCAGAGUCUGGUGCUCGAGGAUCCCGCGCAGCCCGAGGGUGCACAGUUUUGCGCUUUUAUGAGCAAUGGCGGCGUACAAUUCUCUUCAUUGGCGAACGGUAACUGCGAGGUCCCGCAGGGUUUGAUCGGCGAGACCUUCAUGAUGGUUACGAAGCAGAAGGGUAUCACUGACGAUGAUGUCCUUGCUGGGCCUUCCGUUCUUGAGAUGUCAUAG